AUGAAGUCUGUGACGAUAAUACUUCAAGCAUACUGCCCAUCUAUUUCUCCAAAGAUUGACUACAGCUAUUCCAAGUCAUGUGACCUUUAUAUGAUAUCGGACUUGUCCUCAUUCAAAGAGUAUGUAGUAGAGUUGAUCGUCUCCAACCAAGACUCGUAUCUUACUGUGAUAAUAGAGUAUAAAGACAAGAAAGACAUUGUCAAAGUGCUUCGAUACUUACGAGACCAUGAAAAAUUGCAGAACAUAGUUCUGAAUUCUAAGCACAUUUACAGCUCGGCAGCAGUCCACUACAAGGGCGACGACAGGAACUUGGAAGACAGCUCUGGAGAGUUUGAGAUUCCGCUUCCCUUCGAGUUGGUGGUACUUUGCUGGGACCGAGAUUUGGAUCGCCUCAGCGAAAGUACUAUUUACGACCAGCAAUAUUUAAGAGUUUUGACGUUGCUACAUGGCGGGCUGUUUUUACUUGUAGAUAAUGAGAAGAGCGCUAUCAGUUUGGUGUACAGCGUGGAGUGGAUCAGUGAUUUGCUAGAGAAGAUUCUUGUGCAGAGAACAAAGCAUUUACUGUAUUGUGAACCAAAGCCUGUGUACGACCCUCAAUCAUUGAUCCGAAUCUUGAUUCCUAGUGGCUGGGACUCCUGGUCCAAGAUCAAGUUGCUAGAGAGUUCUUUCAGGGGUGCCAAUGGUAACAGUCUUUUGAAGGAUGAUGUAAACAUACAAGAUGUUGUUACUGCAUACAAAGCCAUAAGCGGUGAAGAGAAGGAGGAGAAGGAAGACAGGGAAAUAGUAGGACUGGCUCAAUCGAAUGGUGUCAAUUACCAAGAGUUUUUGAGCAACCUAUCCCAUAAGAUAAAGUAA